GGGGGAGAUUGUGACGAGGGAAACAAUCCGCAGGAAAAGCGGGGGCUCUGGUGGGUGAGACUCUUGGCCGCGGUGUUUGCUUUCCCAGCAGGAGGGUGCGCUCGCCGGGAAACAAGAGCGCCUCUGACCAUGUGCAGAGCGCUUUCCUUUCCUCAGGGCUGAGCUUGUCCUCACUAGCGCCUCGAGCAGCUCCUCCUGAUCGCGUGAGGGGAAAGUUUCGAGUUUGCUGAAGGGUCCAGGCAAGCGCCGUCGUUUGGGCGAAGAAUCCACGGCUAAUCCGAGACUCCUCCGGGGUCGCCGCGGAGCAGAGGGUCGGUGAGGCGGCGUCCUCGUCCUUCGAGGGUCUGAAGCCUCCCGGGUGGCCUUUGGGGCCGAGAGUCUACUCCGGGCUGCCAGGGAGCCCCGCCCCCGCCAGCCUGGAAGGCAUCCUGGUCUGGUAGGGUGAACCUGGCACGCGAAGGUUUAAAUCAUCCUUAAAAACUGUAACGACAAGGCUCGUUAGUUGCUUUCUCUCUCUCUUUUCACAGAGGCUUAAGAAUCCAAGGGCAGCCGGACUUUUAAAUGCUCGCCUCUGGUCUCUUUGUAAUAUUAGUGUGCAUGGGUAAAUCACAUAAUGCGAGUCUAGGAAAAGCAAGUUUCCCUGUCGUUUUCUGUUCUUCUAAUAAUUAGUUUUUACAUAACUAGUUGACUCCCAAAUAAUUGUCAAAUAAGAAUGCAAAAUUACACUAGGCCAUUUCCUUGUUUACUUUCUCCACCUUUUCCCUUGCUUGUGCACACAUGAGUUGCUUCCAUGUCCUGCAAUAAAAGUGUUGCAUUUGAAGGGAAAUGUUCCUGUUUCAGGAAUAUUCUUUUAUCUUGUGCUGGUAAAUUUUGAGAGAAAAUCUUACAGACAAUGGCCAAUAUCCUAGAAAUUUCUUUCAGAUUAGAAUUUUUUAAUUUCUUACAAAUAUGUACUCCUCCCAUGACACAUCAUAAGCCACUUUUAAAAGAGCACUUGGUUUCAAAAGUUGCAUGGAAAUUUGGCAAUAAUUAAACAUUGCUGAAGUAACUGCUUUUGCGGUCCUUCAGUUCUGAUCUUUAUAUUUGGCAUUCUGUAAUUAAGAUAAACUCUUCAUGUCUUGCUUGUAAUCUUCUGGGACUACAUUUGCAUUCUUCAUUCUGUAGUUGGUUAGAUGUCUGGGUUGUAGCAAACCCACUCCUGACCUCCCCCCUCCCCAUUUUACAUGAGAUGCUUAUUUAAAGAGUUGCUAAGAAUGAGAGUAAACUAUUUCUUAAAUUCAAGUUCAGUUUGAAAGGUUGUCUGAAUGUCAAACCUUUUGUGCUUUACUGGUGGUGAUUAAAGGAGGAAUGAUGAAGUCAUCUUACCUACUUCACUGUCCUCUCAAAUAUCGCUACCAUAAAAUCUCUCUCAGCCUCCGUUCAGUGGUCUUCAAAUGCAGUGGACAAAAUUUUCAGACUUCAUUCCCAAGCAACAGUCAAAAUCUGUAGUUUCUGAAGAAGCCUGGACAAUCAGAGUUGCCAUGAUGCCUGCUGCAAUAAAAAGACCCGACGGCACACCAAUGUAUGAUCCUCACCUUCUUCAAGAACUGGAUUGGACCCAGAAUACUGUGACAUUUUCUCCUGCUAUUUCUCCUGAGGAUCCAGGUGAUGGUUUAGUUCUGAGACCUCUUUGCAGUGCUGACAUCAACAGAGGCUUUUUAAAAGUUCUAAGCCAACUGACUGAAACUGGCGUUGUUAGCCCUCAGCAGUUCCUUGAAAACUUCGAACACAUGCGGAGUUCUGGGGACUACUAUGUUACAGUUGUGGAAGAUACUAAUCUAGGAGAGAUUGUAGCUACUGCAACUUUAGUCAUAGAACAUAAGUUCACUCACUCAUGUGCAAAGAGGGGCAGAAUAGAAGAUGUUGUUGUAAGUGGAGAUUGCAGAGGAAAACAGCUUGGGAAACUAUUGAUGUCAACUCUUACAUUGUUAAGUAAGAGACUAAACUGCUACAAAAUUACUCUUGAGUGUCUUCCAAAAAAUGUAGCUUUCUAUAAAAAGUUUGGAUACUCAGUAUCUGAAGAAAACUACAUGUACCAAAGAUUCUUCAAUUAAAGAAGUUCCUGCUGUCAUCUCUUUUAAUCAACUGUUGGUGGAGGAGCUUGUACUACUGACUUCUCUUUACAGAAAGCAAAUUCCCUGCAAAUAAAUAAUGAAUACUAGAUAUGAGACUACACUGCAGACUUUGUUACCAAGGAAACCUAUUAUAAGAAGUUUCCUGUUCAGCCAGUACAUUGUUUUUGAUAGCUAGGACAUGAGCCAUCUUUGCAAGGUAAGGAUGGUUUAUAGCCCAAACUAAAUUUUAAUUUGAUUUUUUUUCUUGUCUUUUAUUUUUCUGUAUUGUGCUGCUUUUUAUUGGCAGCUAAACAGUGACUAGUAAGUUAGAACUGUUCUUGUAAUUUUUUGUCACAAGGAAAAAACUUGCAAUGUUUACCAUUUAUGUUGACCUUUAAUGCACUUCAAAAUGGAUAAUCCCCAAUAUAGAUGUGUAGUUUGGUUUUAUUGGUUCUGUUGCACUUGCAAUGGAGAGGAAUUAUUACAAGCGGGAUUCUGUGCUUGGGCUGAUACACCAAAAUACCUCAUAUUAGCCUUUUCCAACCUGGUGCCCUUUAGAUAUGUUGAACCAAAGGUCUUAUCAUCCCCAGUCAGUACUGCUUCCCAAACCAUUGAGAAGGCUGUCUUGAACCAUUUCACAAAUUGAAGCAAAACUUGGAUAUGCAAAAUUUAUCAAUUUUUUAAAAUAUACUUUAAGGUAUUUGUUACCUUUAUGGCUGCAAAAUGUAUGGUUUCACAGAAGUAUUUUGUGCUUGAAAUUUUAUUUGCAUCAUAUAUAAUUACCAUCUCAUAAUACACUCAGUAGAGCCUACAAAAUCCUGAUUUUUCUUUUCGCUUUCAUUUUUUAGAGGAAAUAAUUUAGCACUUUGUUUCAUUAUACGCUCGACGUGUUGGCUCAUCCACCCUAUAAAAGUAUUCAGGACCAUAUCCAAAGUGGGCCCUUUUUGACUAGAGUUUUUUAAAGAAAAUGUCUGAAGUAUAAGGCAUCCAUUUGCCCUUAAAACUCUUCUCAAAAAUGCAAAAUUCUUGCUGUACUAUGAGUGCUUCAAAAGGAAUGCAGGUAGGCCACAAGUGUGGCACUUUUUGCACCCCUGCAUAUUAUUGGAUGGUAACAAGAACAACUCCUCCUCCCCAUUCCCCUUUAAUCUUGAAGGGAAAAACUAUAUUGGGCAUUAUAAAGGAGAUUAUGUAGUGGUAAGAAAGUCUUUUAUAAUUAGCUUUAAAAAAAUUAUUGAAUCACAAAUAGCUACAGAAAGUUGAGAUAGGCAUUCCAUUUCAUAUUUUAAGGUACUCUAAUUUUGAAGGUAUUUGAAUCUUAUUUAUUCAAUGUUUUAAAAAUAUUGUAAAACCUAAAUAAAUGGAGUUUGUGAUUAUUUUGAUCUAUUGGUUUUCUUCUUGGUACCAGCUGCUUUAUACCUUAUAAUUUGGGAAAUAUUAAUAAAGUACAUCUGUUUUAAAUGAACAGCAUUGGAUAGAGAACAUUACAUUGCUUCUCAAAGCGAAAGGAGUAUAAUCUCUGGAGAAGGGUAAACACAAAUUGAAUUGCACACUUAAGCAUAGUUCAUUUUCUUACUGAAUGAUUCUCUUAAGAAAAUGGCUGAUUCAGUUUCACAUAUCAAGAGAGAAAAGGGUACAUAUGAUGAAUCUAUCUAAUCCCAUCUGCCAAGAGUAUCAAUUUAUUGGGAUGGUCUACAAGUGCUGUUUAAUUAAUCAGAUGCAUGUGGAUUUUCUGCAAAGUAUGUUAUUUACAGCUCUUCCAUGCUUUUCCAAAUUCUGCUUUUAUUGGAUGAAUAAGCACGUAGUCCAGCAAAGUGACUAUUCUGCCCCUACCCCAAUCCCAAGCAGAAUAAUCAAUGCUUCAAGUUCUGAUUAAAACAAAAUGUACCUUGUUUUUAGUUUUACUUUAAGGAUUUUUUUUCUACACAAACUCCUGAAACACUUUUACUGCACAGAUACAGCAUAGACAGAAAAGGGAAAGCAAUACUAGCCCUUUUUAAACUUCAAGCAGUGCAUCUAAAGAUUUCAGUUUGGGCUGAAUGGAUAUAGAAUAAUAUACGCUCCACUGACCUUCUUGAAGGUCAUAUGGGAUUAAAGAGUUAAGUUAGCAGACACUGGAAAUAAAAAAAAAAGCCACUGCUUUCAAUUCUAUUUGAAAAUACUGGUGAUUGCUUAAUUCAGUUCUGUACAACUUGGGAUCCAUCAAGAGAGCUUUGAGGGAUACUUCACUGGCAGCAAAGAAUAAUUACCCUGAGAUGAUAUUAGGGCUGAAAAACAGAAAAUGAAAUACUGGAAAACAGGAUAUAGAUAACUGAUUAUGUCCAGCUUGAAGGGUAAAUAACCAUAUAUCAAUAUUUGCCUGCUUGAACCUUUUUGUGGAUUCCCCCUAGAAAAACUGUCUUACAAUGGACUCUUGCCUUUCAGCAGGAAGCCAAGUGUAGACAAAAGAACAUUUUAUUUGGAAGAAAAUCUUAGGUUUUCUGUUGCAAUACAUCAGUGACACUGAUCUCUAUUGUAUUUAUUUUAUGAUAAUCACAGGAGUUCUAUUUUCUUCUGCCUGAAGCCUAAACUUGGAAAAUGAAAAAUACCACCCACAGUUAAUUUAAGUUCUUUUCUUUUUGUUUUUACUAAAGACUCUUCUUAUAAAUUACACAAAACGUUAUAAACAAAUCAUCUCCAAACUCAUGUUUUGCUUAAGUAAUAACUUUAUCAAUACAAAUAAAGAAAUUUCAAGUAUGAAAAGUGCAUUAUUGCAAUAAUACCUCUUUGCAAGUCCAAAACUUUUGGGUGAGGGUAAAACUAUAAAGUGUAAAAAAAACCCCCCCAAAAAACAGUAAAACAAUCAGUGCCUUCUAGUCAGUCAAGGAAUCCAAUACCUUAAAAAUGUUGCCUGGUAUGCUACUGAAGGAACAGGUUUGCAUAAGGAAGUUGGAAUCAUCUUCCAUUUUUAAUUUUUUUUCUGGUGGUUCAUCUUGCCAAGGUUAGAAGCUGCUAUAAAACUCCCAACAAUCAAGUCCAGUAUCUUCA